GAAAAAAAUAAAAACUGAGAGCUCCCAUGCCCAAGAGCUCUUAGAAAGACUUUGGUUUCUGGGCAUAGGAUUAGUAUAGAUAUCUAAUCGUAUUGAAAUUAGAAUUGGUGUUUUUUGUUUCCAUGGGCAGUCUUGGAAGAACAUCAGCAGCUGCCGUCGUUGCAUGGUUGGCUCUUUUCCAGUGCUGUCUAAUCGGUGUUAGUGGUGAAGAUUUCAACUACAGGGAAGCCCUCACAAAGUCCAUCAUCUUCUUGGAAGCACAAAGGUCAGGGGAACUCCCUCCUAAUAAUAGAUUAAAAUGGAGGGGAGAUUCCGCUCUUGACGAUGGAAAAGAAGCAAAUGUCGACCUUGUGGGAGGGUAUUACGAUGCAGGAGACAACGUGAAGUUUGGGUUGCCAAUGGCCUUCACCAUCACCACCCUGGCAUGGUCCGCCAUUGCUUACAAAAACGAGCUUCAUUCAGCUGGGGAGUUGGAAAAUGUUUAUGCAGCUCUUCGUUGGGGCACCGAUUACUUUCUAAAAUGCGCUAGCAGAAAGAACAAAUUGUUCGUUCAGGUUGGUGACCCUAAUGAAGAUCAUAAAUGUUGGGUAAGACCGGAGAAUAUGAAGACGCCAAGAACCGUGUUGCAAAUUAAUGAAACCGUGCCUGGAACAGAGAUUGCAGCUGAAACUUCAGCCGCAAUGGCUGCUUCUUCUAUUGUCUUUAGAAGCGUUGAUCAAGCUUAUGCACGUCGCCUUCUUAACAAAGCCAAAUCGCUUUUCAAAUUUGCUAAAAAGCACAAAGGAACUUACGAUGGAGAAUGCCCCUUCUAUUGCUCUUUCUCUGGCUAUCAUGAUGAGCUGUUGUGGGCUGCAGCAUGGUUACACACUGCCACCCAAGGCAAAACCUACUGGAAGUUUAUCACAGACGAAGGAGUGGAUGCGGUUGUGGAUGAGUUUAACUGGGACCUUAAAUAUGCUGGGACCCAAGUCCUCCUUUCCGAGGCUUACUUUCGAUUCCAUGAUGUGGCUUUGAAAUCCAACAAGGACCAUGCCGAAAGUUAUAUUUGCUCGGUGCUUCCCGAGAGUCCUUAUUUCAAAGUUCCCAAGACUCCAGGUGGUUUGAUUCACUUGAGAGAUGGAGCAAACCUUCAGUAUGUUACCGGAGCUUCAUUUCUCUUCACAAUCUAUGGUGAUUUGCUACAUCGUUACAGGGAAAAGGUCCAAUGUGGUUAUAAACAGUUUGAAGCUAAACACCUCUGGGCUUUCGCUAAGCAGCAGAUGGAUUAUAUACUAGGGAAGAACCCACAAGGGAGAUCAUACAUGGUUGGGUUCGGGAAGAAUCCACCGAAACAAGCGCACCACAGGGGUGCGUCGGUGCCGUUAUCGGAAGCUAACGAAGACGUCAACUGUGCCAUGAGCUUCGCCCGGUGGUUCAACAAGGAUCAGCCGAACCCGAAUGAGUUAACCGGAGCUAUUCUUGGUGGACCUGAUAUGCAAGAUAACUUCAGUGAUCUACGUUGGACAUCGAUCUACACUGAGCCAUGCACUUAUGUCAACACUUUAGCCGUCGCUGCUUUGGCAAAGCUUGCUAGCCCUAACUGCCCAUAGUCUCCUUUUUGAACUUAUUUUCCCCCUACUUUGCUACUACUGUGUAUUAAAGGGAACAAAAAGACCAAUCUAAUACAUGAAAUUAACUUA